AUGUUGGUGCAGGUCCUGCUGCUGUGCAGCCUGAGUGCUGCGGUGGCCUCUCAGGAUGUCACACAGCAGGCCAAAAGCUUUCUGGCAGACUUCGGCAGCAGGGCAGAGGAGAUCAGCUACGAGAGCUCCCUCGCCUCCUGGAACUACAACACCAACAUCACCGAGGAGACUGCGCGGGCGAUGAACGAGGCUGCUGCCAAGUGGGCUGCGUUUUACAGCAAAGCCUCCCAGAACGCCAGCAGCUUCCCCUUGCCCAGCAUCCAGGAUGACCUCACCAGGCUCCAGAUCCAGGCUCUCCAGGACAGAGGAUCCUCUGUGCUGUCACCAGAAAAAUACAGCAGACUGAGCACUGUGCUAAACACCAUGAGUACCAUCUACAGCACUGGGACCGUCUGCAGGACCAGCAGCCCCUCCGAGUGCCUGGUGCUGGAGCCAGGCUUGGAUAACAUUAUGGCUAACAGCUGGGAUUACCAGGAGAGGCUGUGGGCCUGGGAAGGCUGGAGGGCUGAGGUUGGCAGGAUGAUGAGACCAUUGUAUGAAGAGUAUGUUGAACUUGAAAAUGAGGUUGCAAAGCUAAAUGGUUAUUCUGACUAUGGAGAUUACUGGAGAGCCAAUUAUGAGGCAGACUACCCAGAGGAGUACAAAUACAGCCGUGACCAGCUGAUUGAAGAUGUGGAGAGGACAUUUGAGCAGAUAAAACCUCUGUACCAGCAGCUUCAUGCCUACGUGAGGCAUCGGCUGGAGCAGGUCUAUGGCCCUGACCUCAUCAGCUCCACGGGAUGCAUCCCUGCCCACUUGCUAGGGGACAUGUGGGGCAGAUUCUGGACAAACCUGUAUCCUCUGACGGUUCCCUACCCAUCCAAGCCCAACAUCGAUGUGACCUCUGCAAUGGUGGAGAAGGAGUGGGAUGCAGUGAAAAUCUUCCGCGCCGCCGAAGCCUUCUUCACCUCCAUUGGGCUCUACGAAAUGACUGAGGACUUCUGGGCCAACUCCAUGCUGACAGAGCCCACUGAUGGCAGGAAGGUCGUCUGCCACCCUACUGCCUGGGACAUGGGCAAGAAUGACUUCAGGAUCAAGAUGUGCACCAAGGUGAGCAUGGAGGACCUGCUGACAGCUCACCACGAGAUGGGGCACAUCGAGUACGACAUGGCCUACGCCACACAGCCCUUCCUGCUGCGGGGCGCUGCCAACGAGGGCUUCCACGAAGCCGUGGGGGAAAUCAUGUCCCUCUCUGCCGCCACUCCCACGCACCUCCAGUCCCUUGGGCUCCUGGAGCCAUCUUUCCAAGAAGAUGAAGAAACGGAGAUCAACUUCCUGCUGAAGCAAGCCCUAACAAUCGUGGGGACAAUGCCUUUCACUUACAUGCUGGAGAAGUGGCGCUGGGAGGUCUUCAAGGGGCAGAUCCCAAAGGAGGAGUGGACCAAGCGCUGGUGGGAGAUGAAGAGAGCAAUCGUUGGUGUUGUUGAACCAGUCCCUCACGAUGAGACCUACUGCGACCCUGCAUCACUCUUCCAUGUGGCCAACGAUUACUCUUUCAUAAGGUACUACACCAGGACCAUCUACCAGUUCCAGUUCCAGGAGGCACUCUGCAAGGCAGCUAACCACACUGGCCCUCUUCACACUUGUGACAUUACCAACUCCACUGCAGCUGGACAGAGCUUGAGACAGCUGCUUCAGCUGGGCAGAUCCCAGCCCUGGACUCAAGCACUGAAGAGCAUAACAGGAGAGAAAGACAUGAAUGCAGCACCCCUGCUGCACUACUUUGAGCCUUUGUACAAGUGGCUGCAGAACGCCAACUCUGCCAGAUACGUUGGCUGGAGAACAGACUGGAGUCCAUAUGCUGACAAUGCCAUCAAGGUGCGCAUCAGCCUGAAGUCAGCGCUGGGGGACCAGGCGUACACCUGGGACGAGAGCGAGCUCUUCUUGUUCAAGUCCUCCAUCGCCUAUGCCAUGAGGAAAUACUUUGCCGAGGAGAAGCACCAGGAAAUUGACUUCCAGACUGCAGAUGUUCACAUCGGGCAGCAGACACAGAGGAUCUCCUUCUACCUCACCGUCAGCAUGCCGGGGAACGCCAGUGACGUUGUGCCCAGAGCCGACGUGGAGGAUGCCAUCAGGCUGUCUCGGGCACGAAUCAAUGAGGCCUUCAGACUGGACGACAGCUCGCUGGAGUUCGAGGGCAUCCCUCCAACCGUGGCCCCUCCUUACGAGCCGCCUGUCACCGUCUGGCUCAUUGUGUUUGGGGUGGUGAUCAGCCUGAUUGUCAUCGGAUUCUUUGUCUUGAUCAUCACGGGCCAGAGGGAGCGCAAAAGGAGAGCAAGAGAAAGCAGAACUGAGGCAAGGUCACAGCAUGAGGAGGUGAACCCCUAUGAGGACGUGGGAAACACCAACCUGGGCUUUGUGACUUCUGAUGAGACCCAAACACCACUCUGAAAACUUGGCUGCACCAAAGGUUUCUGGGGUUAUUUUCAUGUACCAAUAGUGCCUAGGCAGGACCAAGCCCCUGUGGAUGCCAGCUACCAUAAUGCCAUCUGCUUGGCCAUUGAGCUACUGGUUCAGAGACAGCAGCAGCUGAGUCUGCUGUUCGUGUGCCCAGUAGCAAACAUGCAAAGAUUGAGGAUCUGUGUGUUCUGUGGCUUUUGUGUGGGUGAUGUGCAUAGUCUUGCCCACUGCUUGUGCUGCUUUUCAUCAGUGUGCUGCCUUCAACUUCUUGUUUCCUCUGCAAUGUGCAGCAAAAGCUUGGGAGCACACAGCUGUGUGCAGACCGAGACAGACA